ACAAGCAUUUUGUACCAUCCAAGCCGUAGCAUUUGGCUUUUCCCAUCAUCCCUUUCAAUUGUCAUAUACACACUCCCUUUCCAAUUUGUACAUGCAUCAUAUCAUGCCUAUCUAUACCCACCCCAAAGCCCCUUCCUUCUCCUCCUCCCUCCUCGACGCCAUCUACCACGACAACCCCGCCUCCCACCGCCGCACCACCGCCACCAAAGCCGAGGACGACAUCGAGAGCCUCCGCCGCGCCAUGCUCAUCGAGAAAUGGAUGCAAACCCACUCCACCACCGAAUCCUCCUCCGCCCCAACAACAUCCAUCAACAAGCCCAAGCCCAAGAAGCCCAUUUCACCAGCCGGCAAAAAAAUCUCCAACUUCUUCAACUCCAUUUUCAGCCCCCGCAACUUUAAAUCAUCAAGGCACUGCCUUGACGACGACGAAGAAUGGACCUCCUCCUCCAUGAGGAAGUCCAGAUCGAUGAAGGACGCAGCCUCAACGACGUCGCGGUCUUGCCUCACCAAGAACGCCUCCUUGAGGCCCGCCAAGUCGGUUAGGUUCCUAGACCAAGACAAGCCCAAAAUUGGGAGCCAUUUUAUCAAGAAGAACAUCGAUAGCUUUCGAGUUUUUGAGAGGAAAUUCGAUUGCUAUGAGAGUACUGAGGAUGAUAUGAGCUGCGGUAGCUCGGAUUUGUUCGAGCUCGAAAACAUCGAUGACUUGCCGGUGUAUGAGACUACUAGUCUUCAUCACAGCAUUGGAUGCUAACUAGUAAUUUUCCAUGUAAUAGUGCUUUCUUUAGCAAUAAAGAUUUUUGUUUGGAAUUUGAUGUCACAACUUCAUUAACUAAUGAAUAAUCAUGCUACCAUUGAAUUCA